AAUCCAGUAAUUAUUUUAGGCGUUUUAUUGUGGCACUUCCUGUAAAACCAGGAGUUUAUUUUGAAAGACCCCGGCGUUAAAAUUGAUACAUUAUUUGUUGAUAGCAUUAAUUAAAGGACGGCAUAAUGCAGAUACAGAAAUACGGUUACAGUCGAACAUACGUGAACGUUUCAACAAGACGAUCCAACCAACUGCCGUGUCAUCAAAGUCUUGUCAUCAGAGGAAACACGAGGAGCCGAGGCUCGCUUUGAGUUGACUCGUUGCUAGGCAACCGUUGUCAGCCGUCAGGGAUUGCCUUUUCGACCUCUCACUUUGCUCACUGUGAAGAGUAAAACUGGACAAAAUGUUCGAAUCGGAAAACAAACCGUCUACUUAUGACCAAAUAGCAGAUCUGCAGCGUAAACUCCAACUUUUAGAGAGCGACAGGAACGCCUACUAUGAGAACUCUCACUCGACCCUUGAGAAGAACCGCCAGGCCAUCUUGCAGCUGAGGGAGGAGAACAGGGAGCUGCAGAAGAGCGUGACAGGUGCUGACACCGAUGAACAACAAUUCGUGCAGGCGGCCUUACAUGGCCGAGGCGUGGAGAAGGACACGGGUCCUCCAAUGUCCGGAAAGGCCGCCUUAGCCAAACUGGAGCACCGGGUGGCGUCCAAAAUAAAGCGUCUCAAUGCUCUUAAGCACACCACUCUGACCCACCAGCGCCGCCUGGAAGACCUGAAGAGGGAGUGCCUCAGAAUGGAGGCAGUGGGCUCUAAUCUGGCAAUGACUGAGAAGGAGGACAUUACUUUGAAGUUGAGGUCGCUACAGAACUGCCUGGAGAAGAACCAGCUCAAAUGCAAGGAAGGUGCCAACAUCAUGACUAACUAUCUGAAACUUAAACGCCACUUGCAGGAGGAGAGUCUGACCUUCCAGGGUCAGAUAGACAGUCUGGAAGCAGAAAUUAUGAAGUUCAAGAGGGAACUUCAGGAUGUGCAAGAAAUGAACAGUAAAGCCCAGAUGUCGAAAGAAACUGCUAUUGCCGAGUUACAGCAGCAGGAGGAACUGUUCUAUAAGGAGCACCAAGAAAAAGAUUAUCUUUUAGCCAUCUACAGAAAAAGGGUGCAGGAGAUCAGGGCCCGGGCUGAAAAGUUAGAUGCCCAGAGGAAAAUCGUACAAGAGGAUGAGCUGAACAACGAGGCCGACUGCAGCACCGCCAAAAUGGCCGCCGAAUUGGACAAGAACAUCAGCAUUUUUGAGGCGACCCUCCGAAGGAUGAAAGACGCCACCGGUUACACAAAUACAGAGGAGGUGAUGGAUCGUUACAUUGCCCAGCAGAAGACUCACCAACAUCUCCAGGAUCUCAAAGCAGAGAAUGAGUAUGUUAUACUGCAGUUUAAGGAGCGCAAGGACGACCUGAAGCAACAGUUUGAGGACAUAAAGUAUUCGGGAGAAACGCAACUGUCCAGUGAGCAGAAGAUGCUGGAGGAGUGUGAGCAGGGUUUGCUGGCUAAACAGCAGAGCUGUGAAAUAGCCAAGGAGCGCCUGGCUUCUCUGGUUAAAACGCUAAGUACUAUCCAAGCUGGAGUGGAACACCUCGCAGAAAGACUUGACCACAUCUCCCUGAAUGAGACGCCGUCAAAAGUGUCUCCAAACUCAGAUGAGUUUGUGGUGGAGCUGCUGACCCAGUGUCAGCUAAAGUUGCAGUUACUGCAAGAUAGGCUACAUGGAAAAGACCUAAACGAGAUUGCGAAAGACAUGGAGGAAGAGGAGUUCUACUUCAUGAUUGAGAAACAACUGCCUACUUACAACAAACGAGUCACAGUAACUGAGGACCAAGAGAUGAGCCUCGACAAUAAUGACGAUGAAAGCGAAGAGGACGAUGGUGUCCUCACACGAGAGGCACUGAAACGUCGCUCGCAGGCUAUGAUUGACGCCAUGUCCAACAAGAAGUCUUGGAAGUUGAAAAAGAAGUGAUGAGAUUCUGAAAGGACAGACAGAGUGAGAUCUAAAGACAAUAGACCAUCUUUUUCUGCUGAAUUAUUACCUAACACUAGGGCUGCCACUAACAACUAUUUUGAUAGUUGACUAGCCACUGACUAAAGGAUUACCGUACAUACCGGACUACUUAUUAAACAGUGUGGCUAAUAUAUGGAUGUUUUUUUUUCGGUAACGGCCAUAAUGCUUUGUAUUCAUCAAAUAGUUAUCAUAUUACACCGACAGGCAUUGAAAAAGUGUGUUAUUGUUUGUACUGUGGCGCCAUCUUUUGGACGAGUCGUUCACUGCAGGUGCUGCGGGUUGAAAAUGUACUUCCUGUUUCGUGCCUCGAACCGGAAGUAUAACCGUCCAUAGCGUAUCUGCUCGAAAGGAUUCUUCAUUCAUCACUCCAGGCAACAUUUGUACGUUUUACAAUAUAACUAAAACAAUCUAUACCUACUAAACCGUCCUUUGUGUG